CCAAGGCAACAUGACCAUGCAUCUGAUCAAUUGUUUUGCAACUGUGUGUCUUUUAAUAAUAAGCGAGAUCCAUGAUGUUUAUUCUAUUACUGUGAGAAUAAAUCAAAACAUAUCUGGAGUAAUAGAUGAAAGUGGUACACAAAUAAAAUGCUCAUUCACAAGGCAUAAUGUUAUUAAAAUAUUUGCCAUCGAAUUUAAAGCUGAAAAUGAAACAGUUGUAACCAUUUUACCAGACGAUAAACCAAGAUUUACAACAAAAGGACAGUAUCUGGAAGACAGAGUGACAGUGAUGAAUAUAAGUAAAGAUUCUACGGAGGCUAUUUUGACAUUUAUUUACCUUACCUGCACGGAUCAAACUAAUUAUAGUUGUUCAGUUCUUUAUCUUGACCAGAACAGUAAAACAGAAAGAAGAAACUCAGGAAUGUCAACUCUUUUCGUUAAAGUUCCACCUUCCAAACCUUAUGUUAUAACUAUAGUUAGUUCACCAAAAGAUGUCACAACUACCCCAACAACGUUAGAAAAUGCGACUAAUCCUCACGUUACUGCUCCACAAAAUAGAUUUAAAACGACUAAUAGCCAGAUCAAUUCGAACCAGCACACAACAAAUGACGAGCAGUUUAAACAUGAACCGUCAUUUAACUCCACCAUCUUACAGAUAGGAGAUGAAAUAACAUUUAUUUGUAGUGGAAAUGUUGGAAAUCCACCAGGUGUAUUCAUCUGGCAAAAAUAUAGGCAUGGCGAAAAUCCAACAAAUUAUACAAAUAUAACUACAACUAUCCAGGAGUUAUCUGAUAUUUGCUCCUACAAUGGUACAAGUACCUUGAAAAUCCAUGUAACUGAUGAGGACAACCAGGCCAUCAUUCGAUGUAGUUUAAAUUCAACAUUAGCGCAACCAAGUGUGUAUACAGAUACAAAACCACUGGAGGUUCAGUCUCCUGAUUAUGAUACUACAAUAGAAUUUAUACGAACAACGUUAGUUACUACGAGAGACAAUACUGUUUCAGAUUCAACCAAUCAACCAGAAGUGGACAGUGCCAGUGGAAACAUAGUUGUUCUUAGUGUAUGUAUUGGUAUAGCAGUCUUGCUUUUAGUGAUAAUUGGAAUUUGGUGUUUUUACAAACCAAAGGGAGAAAAGAAAGCAAGUCGAUAUCAGGUUACUGAAAAAUCUAAUAUUAGCCAAUCAAAACAAACGAUUUAUUUUAAACAAGUUUCUCAGGCAGACAGUUAUGAAAAAAUCCCGUUGAAAAUUGAUACUGGAAAAGAGAAAACAACGGUUGACAUUGAUGACAUUAAAAAGCAGAAUAUGGUAUACAUAGUAACACAGAAAAAAGAUGAUGAAAAUAAAUUUUCCACAUGAUUCAUACAGAGGCUCUGUGCACAAAUGGACCAUAUGAUACCUUUGACAACCAGUUGGAACUUCUGUUAAACGGCGCCGAUGUUGUUGAGUUUUCGACAAACUUUGCGCACACUUCUAACUUAAAGAUAUUAUGUAAAUGUGUUGUGAAUCAUCUACGUUGUUAUAAUUGUGUUAAAUGUAUUAAAUUUUUUAACCUUACAACUUGUCUUUUUAUCAGGGAAAGUUCAGUUUUAACUAUAUUCUUAUUAAAGUAGAAUUAUGGUGUAAUUGGCUAUGGUUUAAAUUUUGGUAAAAUAUUUCAGUGCAAUUUUACCACCACUAAAUGAAAUACAAAAUGUACCAUUGAUACGAUGUGUCUGAGCGACAUUCUCGCUGUUUGAGACAUGAAAUGUAAUAGACAUACGAUUUUAUCAGUUUCCUGAUUGUUAUAUUCUGUCUGUGUGUCCAUCUGAUGAUCACGUCGACGUACCCUGUUUUGAUCAGUUUCAGGGGUUGUGUGAUUCCCUUUUUUUCUAUUUUGUUUAGAUAAACAAAAAGGUAUCACUUUAUUGAUGAUUCAUAUUCGAUCAUUUGUAAUCGACUUUUGUCCCCAAACGAAUUGUAAUUGUGUUUGAAAAAAUAUAUCAAAUUCAUUGGAAUCAGCACAUUUACCGGAAUAUACGUGACAAUGGUAUUUUGAAAUAUUCAUUUGAAAUUUAA